CAUGAGUAAUGAGCGAGAAAAUCAUGGAGAUUGAAAAUGAUACUAGUCAGGAAAUUGUAAACGAAGAUUUUGUUUGUAAGAAGCACAUUCAGUACUUUAAACGAUGCUUAGAAGUACUGCCAUCGCCCUAUAGCUCUUUAGAUACUAGCAGAAUAACUGUGGCAUUCUUUGCUCUUUCUGGUUUGGAUAUAUUGAAUUCACUUGACUUAGUAGAAAAGAACAAAAACGACAUUAUUGAAUGGAUAUACUCCAACCAAAAGCUUCCUAGUGAAUCUAGUAAUUCAAGUACAUUAAGAUGUGGUUUCCGAGGAUCGUCAACAACAGCCUGUGACAGAGUACUCUCACAGGAUAUUUGUGAGUAUGACUGUAGUCAUAUUGCUAUGACAUACACAGCCCUGGCCAGCCUGCUUAUUUUAGGAGAUGAUUUAUCAAGAGUGAAUAGACCGGCUGUUAUUGCAGCUCUGAAGGCUUUACAGCUUCCUGAUGGCAGCUUUCAGCCUACAGUGGAUGGUAGUGAAAAUGAUAUGAGGUUUAUCUACUGUGCCUGUUGUAUUAGCUACAUUUUAAAUGACUGGAGUGGAGUGGACAUUCCUCGAGUUGUUCAGUACAUCAAGGAAAGCAGGUCCUAUGAUUUUGGAUUUGGUCAAGGACCUAGCUUGGAGGCUCAUGGUGGGUCCACAUUUUGUGCUUUAGCUUCUCUCGUCUUAAUGAAUCAGCUCAAUUCCUCCUUCGAGGCCAAAGAACUUGAAAAAAUAAAGAGGUGGUGUCUGGUGCGCCAGAAGUCAGGCUUCCAGGGACGCCCUAACAAACCAGUUGAUACUUGUUACUCUUUUUGGGUUGGAGCUUCACUGGAGUUACUUGGUGCAUUCUCAUGUGUGGAUUUCCCAGCCAAUCGUGAAUACCUUAUUUCGGCCCAAGCAACAAUUACAGGAGGCUUCAGCAAGUGGCCUGGUAACCAUCCUGAUGCUCUGCAUACAUAUUUUGGACUUUGUGGGAUGACACUGAUGCAGGAACCUGGCUUAAAUUCGAUUCAUGCAGCAUUGAAUGUUACACAGAGAGCUGCUAAUCACUUAAGCAAGUUACACAAGCAUAUGAAUAGAUGACGAUUGUUUCAGUAAUUAUUGUAUUCCACAAUGCCGGGAUGCAAAAAUUGCUAACAAACUUUUGUGAGAACUAGAAACACCUGCUCACACACAAAUAGUAAAUGGGAAGGAAAGCUUUUAAUGAAGGUUUUCUAAAAGGGCAGACAUGUAAAUUCUGUAGGGCUGAGGGUGCUCUCAUCUUUGUCAGUUAUUGUGCAGUGUGACAAGUCAAGAUAUACGAUGAGCCAUGAGAGUCAAGAUGGUCAUCGCAUUAGAAGCAAUUCUUUCCUGUAGUUUUCCUGAAUUUGAAGCAGUUAACCUCUGUGAGACACGUUUAAGACAUACAUUUUCAGCAUGGCUUGUUUUCUGUGAAGAAUGCUGAAUAACUAACACUGAAAAGUAAUAUUAGCACACCUACCUGUUAUGAUGUGUCCUUGGACUGUAAAGAAAAAAUUUUCCCCAGACACCUAUGGAAAGUUGCAGGCAAUUUUUAAUUAACUAUUAAUAAUAGCAGUAGUGUUUCAUAUAAAUUUAAUAACAAAAAUAAUCUAAAAUGUUAUUGAAAUUUUAAUGUGGUAGGUGAUAUAAUAAUUCUAUUCCAAUUUGUCACUCAAAUAAAUUUUGUUUCAAUGGAUGCUUGUCAACUGACAACUGACAGCAACACCACAACAGUUGUUUAAAUUUAAGAUUCAAUUUGUUACUUUCUGUGACUAUCUUGCCAGAAUCUUUGAUAUAAUAAAUGAUAAUUGGUUUACACAAUUUUAA